UCUUCCUGCGACAACCCACACAAACUCCUGACACUGAAAACCGCUGAAAUUGAACAGCUAGCUUGUGUCACAUUUGGGCUGAUGGAGAAUUAAACAGCAGUAACACUCACUACCAAAACUGUCAGAUGCAGAAAUGGAGAGGAACACAACGUUUUCCUUGUUCCCUGGCAAUCACAGCCACACCAACAGCACCUGCUCCCGUGACAACGUUUUGAAGACGGUGGUGUUUCCUGUUCUGUACUCCUGUCUUUUCUUGGUGGGGAUGUCACUCAAUAGUGUGGCAGUGUGGGUUUUUUUUCGCAUCCCUUCACGGUCUCAUUUCAUCAUUUACCUGAAGAAUAUUGUCGUUGCAGAUGUCAUCAUGACCCUCACAUUUCCUUUCAAGGUGCUGUCAGACUCCAACAUGGCGUCCACUAAUCUACGAAUAUUUGUUUGUCGAGUUUCCUCUGUCCUGUUUUACCUCACCAUGUAUAUCAGUAUCCUCUUCUUCGGCCUAAUCAGUAUUGAUCGCUGCAGAAAGACCCUUCGGCCCUUUAGGGGCACAAAUUGUGCCCGGCUGGCCCGCAGGAAACUCCUUUCAGGAGCCAUCUGGACCUUUCUGCUGAUUCUCAGUCUCCCCAAUGUGAUCCUUACAAGUAAAAGCCCAACUUCUCCAUAUUUCAAGUGCAGCGACCUGAAAACAGAGGCUGGCCUUUACUGGCAUGAGGUGGUAAAUCAUGUCUGUCAAGUCAUUUUCUGGGGAAACUUGGUGACUGUGAUAAUAUGCUAUACUCUCAUCACUAAAGAGCUUUACAGAUCCUACUCCCGCACUAACUCCCACAUCUCUGAAGGGGCUAUAUCCCGAACAACAAGUGAGGGAACAACUCGGAAGCCCCAACAAGGCAAAAGUAAAAUGAAUGCAAAUGUGUUCCUGGUUCUAGCUGUGUUCUUUGUGUGUUUUGUGCCAUUUCACUUUGCCAGAGUGCCAUACACGAUGAGCCAGACCCGAGGGGUUCUCUUUGAUUGUAAACUCAAGCUUUUCUUCUUCCAGCUAAAGGAAAGCACACUUUUUCUCUCAUCCUUAAAUUCUGUUCUUGACCCUCUCAUCUACUUCUUCCUCUGCAAGUCAUUCAGGACCACUUUGUUCAAGACCCUGAAGCUACCGCCUGGUACCUGCAACUGGUUAACAGGGAGAGGGUCAGAUACAGAUACAGGCUGAGACUCAUCUGCAUGUACAUAAAAUGACAGAACAAAAGCAAUAUUUUUUCAUUGUAUAGAAAGUCAGUUUGGUUUGGUGUGGUUUUAUUUAUUUUUUUUAACAUAUUUCACAGCAUUGUGCAGUGCUAUGUUGUUAUUAAUCAGAUGAAAUUCAGAUUUCUGCAGUCUAUCCUUGAGAAAGCAAGAAAAUCCACAAAAUGAAGCGUAUGUAAUCAAAUGGUUAUUUCACCAAGCAUUUAAAAAUUGGUGAAUAAUUUCUAAGCUGUGUUUUACUUUAUUAAUGUUUCUCUUUCUGUUCCCUAUUCCAGUUAAUAAUGCCAUUAAAUUUCUUGUUAAAUAUCAUCAUACGAACUAGAGAUUAAACUAACUUCACAAGCUAAGAGAAUUUAGCAUUUUAAUGGUUUUUAAAGAGUAUGAUCAAAAACAAUGUUUAAUACUAAUCUGUAUAAUAAACCUCAUUUGUUAUAACACUGUCAUCUCCAUAUGUUUCGUGCCUUUAUUAGCACUGAUUGAGAUUUAAUGGCUGUAAUUAACAUUGUUCUUGCUGAAUUGUACAAGCUUUAUCUUUGUAUAACUCAUAUAUAUAACAUGCUGCAUGACGUGCUGAGGGCUCUACAUUACAGGGGA